AUUGUUGCGAUUUUUACAAUACAAUAAUAAAAAGUUAAAUGAGUCAUAAAUCUGAAGAAGAAAGUAGCCAGCAUAUGAAGAGCAAUAUCGACAGUAAGUCAAACUUUCUAUGUGUCUCUUCCUCAUGGAGGGAUUGCUCUUAGUUAUGGGAAUCUCUCUUAUCUUGCUGUUAUAGAUGAAUAUAGAGGUGAGUAGUACCAAGAAUAAAGAUAAUGGCAACCUAAUUUUUGGAUAAAUUUUUAAUCAUUUAUGUAGAAAGAGCAGUAGGAAGAAAAUCUUCAAAUUUCAAAGAUGCCCAUGGCACAAAGAUACAACUUACAUGGAAGGACAUUGUAGUCACUGCUCCUCCAAAGAAGGAGAUGUGUAAGAAACUUCCCGAAGAUGCAGAGGAGAAAGUUAUUUUAGAUUCUCUCAGUGGAACUGUAAAGCCUGGGGAGUUUCUAUCAAUCAUUGGAGCUUCAGGUGCAGGAAAGACAACGUUGUUGAACUACCUUGUUGGUAAGGACCCUAGUAAAAAUCUGAAGAAAUCUGGAGACAUUACCAUUAACGGUAUCGACAGAAAUAAGAUUAAUUAUUCUCACUAUAUUGGAUAUGUACAACAAGAUGACAUCCUUCUUCAGUCAAUGUCUGUCAAAGAAUGCCUGAUGUUCUCUGCAAGAAUGAAGCUACCGAAAGAUGCGAAUAAAGAAGAAAGAGUGCAGGAAGUGAUCGACAGCCUUAAGCUUAAUAAAUGAGCCGAUACUAAGAUUGGAGGUCCACUGAUCAAAGGUAUCUCUGGUGGUGAGAGAAAAAGAACUUCUAUUGGAGUUGAGCUUAUUACUAACCCAAACCUUGUUUUCUUGGAUGAGCCUACCACAGGACUUGAUUCAUUCACUGCUACAAAUGUGAUGGAAGUGCUUAAGGACCUGGCUUUAUCUGGAAGAACAGUUGUAAGCACUAUUCAUCAGCCAAAUUCUGAGAUCUUUGAUCUUUUUGAUCAAUUAAUGUUGAUGGCAAAUGGAAAGAUCCUUUAUCAUAAUGAUGCUAAACUAUCUGUCAGGUACUUCAAAAGCCUCGGAUAUGAGUGUCCUUCUCUAACUAAUCCAGCUGACUUCUUUAUGAACAUGAUGAGUAUUGAGGCCUAUCAAGAAGAAGAUGAUGAGGAUGAAGUUGUCUUACAGAAAACUAGGUCUAAAAUCCAAGAAGAUUAUAGUGAGAAAAUCAAUUUCUUAGCGAAUAAAUAUAACGAGAGUGAGCUUAGAUGAGACCCUGAUCAAGUUCAUCCUGAAGUAGGAGAGCUUAAAGACCAGAAAGUGAAUAGAAUUGGAAUUGUUAUGCAGUUUUUCCUCCUCUUCUGGAGAUCAUUUCUUAAUAUCCUCAGAGUUCCAGUGUCAAGCUAUGUCAGAGGGAUAGCUUAUUCAAUGCUAGCCAUUGUCUGUGUUAUCAUUUUUGGUCAAAUGGAGCAUGACUGAGCAUCUAUUCAGAACAGAUCUGGAGCCUUAUUCUUUGUAUCACUAAAUAUGAUUAUGAAUGCUGUGCAAGGUGUCAUUUUAACAUUCCCUGAUGAGAGAUCUGUAUUCCAGAGAGAACAAGGAAGUGAUACGUACAAAGCAACCCCAUAUUUCUUUGCUAAAGUGUUAAGUGAUAUUCCAAGCUUCAUAGUCUUUCCUGGCUUGUUCUCUAUCAUUACUUACUUUGGACUCCAACUGAAUGAUGACUCUGCAGGAAAGUUCUUUGUCUAUACAUCAAUUAAUAUCCUAAUCUCUGUUGCUACGACUGGUAACGGUAUGCUAAUUGGAUCUGCUAUCUCUGACAAGCAAUUAGCAGUUGCUCUCACACCUGUCUUCAUUAUACCAUUUAUGCUGUUCUCUGGCUUCUUUGUGAAUCAAGACAACAUCCCUGUAUUCCUCAAGCCUUUGGAGUACAUAUCAAUGUUCAAAUACGGUUAUCAAGCUCAUAUGCAUAACGAGUUCAAUAAUCUUUCUAUCAACUGCAGUGGAAGAGAUGCUUUAGCAGAGUUUGAUUUCCAAGAAAACCUCACUGAAUCAUUACUAGCAAUUGGAGGUCUUGGCCUGGCCUACUACACCAUGGCAUACUUUAUAAUCCUCCUCGUUGCAAAGAAGGCUAAAUAAUUCUGUUUAAUACCUUCUCUCUAACCUUAUUUCCCAA